AAAAAGGCUGGAUCCUAAAGCCGAAACUUUUUUUUUUAAACAAACAAACAAACAAACAAACAAACAGACUCUCCAGUUGGAAGAAGCCACCCAGGAUCAUGAGGACCGUCUAUGGGGCGCUGGAGAGAGGAUGUGGGAACCGACAAGUUCCCUUUCUUUCUCAGACUCCUCCUCUGCCUCACAUCUGCUGGACCAGACAACCGAGAAUUGGUCAGCUUCCAAUAGACAACUGGAAACAGACUGUCACGUGACCUUGGGGUGCCAAUGUUCUUCCAUAGGGGUGUCAAGACCCUGGUAGUCAGUAAAAAUAUUUUUGGGGAAGCCCAGAGAUGCAGAAAACAACAUACUACGACAGCUCAACGCUCUUUGGGGGCUACACCUACCAGGGGGCCAAUGGGUUUGGUUAUGAUGGUCCUCAACAGCCUUUCCAGCCUUCUUCUCACGUGGAGAAUGACUACCAGAGGUCUGCCUGCUCCCUGCAGUCUCUUGGCAACGCUGCCCCUCAUGCGAAAAGUAAAGACCUGAAUGGAAGCUGCAUGCGGCCAAGUUUGCCCCAGGAACAUCACCAGCCUCCACCUGUCUCACCACCCCCAAACUCUGUCACCAACAGCAACAGUAGCAACAGCAAUAACCAGUCCGGGAGCAGUAAAACUGCCCCCAGCAAAUCAAGUCUCAGUGCAAAUGCAAGUCUCACCAAACAGAUAUUCCCCUGGAUGAAAGAAUCGAGGCAAAACUCCAAACAGAAAAACACCUCCCCUAGCACAGAAAGCUGCAGCGGCGAGAAAAGCCCUCCGGGAUCUUCCGCUUCCAAGCGAGCCCGCACGGCCUACACCAGCGCCCAGCUGGUGGAGCUGGAGAAGGAAUUCCACUUCAACCGCUACCUGUGCAGGCCCCGCAGGGUGGAGAUGGCCAACUUGCUCAACCUCAGCGAGAGGCAGAUCAAGAUCUGGUUCCAGAACCGGCGGAUGAAGUACAAAAAGGAUCAGAAGUCCAAGGGCAUGGGGUCCUCCUCCGGGGGACCCUCCCCCACGGGCAGCCCCCCCCAGCCCAUGCAGUCUUCCGCCGGGUUUCUGAAUACCUUACACACCUUGCCUAGUAACUACGACGCCCCAUCUCCGCCUUCCUUCAAUAAGCCCCACCAGAAUGCCUAUGCCAUGUCGACUAACUACCAAAACCCCAUCAAAGGGUGCCCCUCGCAACAGAAGUACGCCAACACGGCGCCCGAGUACGACCCGCACGUGUUACAGGGUAACGGGGGCAGCUAUGGGACCCCCAGCAUGCAGGGCAGCCCCGUGUACGUGGGGGGCAACUAUGUGGAUUCUAUGCCCGCCUCCGGCCCCUCCCUGUACGGCCUCAAUCACCUGCCGCACCACCAGUCUGCCAGCAUGGACUACAGCGCAGCUCCGCAGAUGCCCCCCAGCCAGCACCACGGACCGUGCGAGACCCACCCCACCUACACAGACCUUUCCACGCACCACUCCUCUUCUCAGGGCAGAAUACAAGAGGCGCCGAAACUCACCCACCUGUGAUGGGGGUGGGAGGGCAGAGCAGACUCGUGGAGCUCUGACCCGGGGGAGGAGGGGGGAGCCAACCCGCUGUGGGAUCUGAUUCAGAAACAUUUGUGUUGAGCCCUUAAAGCGAUCGGUUUGGUGGGGCUUUUGUUCCCGGUUUUCUUAGGCGCCGCGUCUUUGGGGGGG